UUAUUUAAAUUAAAUAGUUUAAAAGGGCUGAAUUCAAAAUGUACUCAUCCCAUUAUUCCCAUGCUACUUGCAAGAGUUUCCUCAUAAGGUGGCCUUGGGGUAAAUAUACAGAGUAGAAAGUAGGUGAGUGGUGGGUAUGUCAGCAGAGCAUGUGUAGGCAUAACAGAGCAGGACUGGUGUAGACUGAAGGCAUGACCUACACUGCCCAGAUGUUGUUAUUUUUAAAAUGUUGGGAUGUACAGUAUAUGAAUGAUCAUUGCACAGAGUACUUUUGGUCCCAUACCUAAAUAAAUCCAGCAUAAAUUACAAUAUUUUCAUUAGUUUAUCCUAAAAUCUGAGGGUCAGUUGCAUAAGACAAAUUAUUAUACCUAAAGUAUGAAAUGACUCAAACAUAUAUCCCAUGUAUCUUCACUAUUACCCCUCCCAGCAAUCUGUCUCCCUUCAUGCAGAGUUGUGGUUACAGUAGGUCUAUAUGUAGAAAGUUUCUUCUUUUAGUGAAAUGAAGUGAAAAGUUUAUUUUUCAAAGUUAAGUCCCUUUAAUAUCUUUUAAAAAAUGCUAAGUAAUAUGGGACCCCAUAUUGGCAGCAAGGAAUAACAGAUAAUUUACACCGAUAUCACUGUUAAGACAUAAAGAGAUUAUAUUUCACGAACAUCAUGCUUUAUAACUGCAGGGCCAGCACUGUGAUGUCACAUGACAUAGGCAUAGCACAGAAGCAAAGAAUCCUUGUGAUGUCAUAAUGCAUGCACGUCAUGUGAUCUCAUAAACACAGUGUAGUGUUACCAUUUGUGAGUGAGUACAGGAAGAAGAAGGACCUGUAAUUGCUUGUACAUUUUUACAAUAUUCACAUUUUAAAUUAUGGUUUUUAAAAAUACUAAACGAAACAAAUCACGAAAGAACAAAUUGAAUGAUGAGAAAAAGAACAAAGAAAGCGAUGAGGCAAGGCAUACACCGCCUGGAACACGUGUGGGAAUGGGUUUUACAGCCAUGGCCUUCACUGUUCUUGGAAAUCUGUACCAGGGUUUAAUGACUGCAGUCAAUCCAUAUUCUUGGGUAAGAUCUGAGAAAAGUGAGAAUGAGAUGACUGUGAAGAGGACGUCCCCUAGCAGGAAAAGGAAGGCAGAAGACAAAUGUCAGGAUGAACCUGUUGAACAAAAGAAGAACAGAAUCCAGACUUCAGCCCCUCGCAUUGCAUCAAUAGUACCUUCCAAUGCAAUCAUGUGGCUACAAUCUAAAGCUACAAGUUUUGUUUCUCAGGCAAGCCAGAGCGCUUUAAGAUGGUGGGAAACAUUGAAGCCUUUCAUUCCUUUCCCUAACCGUGGAACAAAGCGCCAAAGAUCAGAGAAAGAGAAAUCUGAAGAUCGACGAAAGAAAAUUAGAAAAGAUGAAAUAAAAAACCGUCAACAGGCAGAAGGACAAAACCAACCUUGCACAGUAACAAGAAUCAGGGGUGAAAUGCAGGGAAUCCAACAGAGGAACACUGCAAAUGGCCCUGAACCAACUAGAAGACCAGCACCUGUGGAGACAAAUCUGUCUAUUGACCGGUUUAAAAUCUAUUUUGAACUAGGAUUUGGAUCUUUUGGACAUGUGCUACUAGCAAAAGACCUAGUGAAACAGAGAUACGUAGCAUUGAAAAGAAUAAUGAAGAAUCGUUUCAUGCAGUCUAUGGCUGAUGUGAGCAUCGAGUGGAACGUACUAGAUGUGGCACGCCAGUGUAGAUUUCUUACACAACUUAAUGCCAGCUUUGAGACUAUGGACAGCAUCUAUCUUGUGUUGGACUAUAUAUCUGGAGGAACAUUAGGAGAUUUCAUAAGAAUAGGACAUGUGGUGGAUUACAGCACGAUACAGUUCAUUGCUGCUGAAAUUAUCUGUGGACUGAGGUUCCUCCAUUCUCGUGGAUUUAUUCAUCGAGACCUGAAACCUCAUAAUAUUCUGCUGCAUAGCACAGGCCAUGCAGAGAUUGCAGAUUUUGGACUUGCUGCAGACACUCGGAGAACCGGUGGAAUGGCCGAAGGCUUCUGUGGAACCCGUGCAUAUGUUGCUCCUGAGGUGUCCACUAACUGCAAGUACAAUAACUCAGUGGACUAUUAUUCUUUAGGAUUGAUACUUUUCCAGAUGGCUACUGGGAUGGAGCCACGAUAUGCCCGCCAAAGAAACAAGUCAGAAUAUCUAAUCAGAGUCUUACCUGAGCUCAGAGAUAUUAUUUUAAAGCUCCUCUGUGAAAAUCCUAAUGAGCGGAUGAGGUUUAUUGCAUCCAUAAUGGAUCAUCCUUUUUUCGCAACAAUUAGCUGGCCAGCUGUAGAAUCUGGAAGAAUUCAAGCGCCCUUAAUUCUACGAAGACACUGCAAAAUUCAGAGCGAUAGGAAAAUCUAUUUGAACCGUGCGAAAAACUGAAAAUUUCUAAUCAAGCCAGCAGGAAUGCUUAAAGAUGAGCACAUUCCUUUCCAUAGAUACUUGGAAGAUGGCCUGGGCAUAUCUGAUGAUAUAGGUCAUUUUCCACAUUCUCAAGUUAUGUUAAGACUCUCAGUCAACAAUUUCAGAUAUCAAAGCAAAAACAAUGCCAGCCCUAUGAGAAAAGAAGAGGACUAAACAGCCUGGGCCUUGGGUGGGAAGGGAGGAUUGAUAGGCCCACAAGGGGGCAUGAUGUCAAAAAGGAGGUCAAAGGAAUAAUCAUAUGGAUGAUAAAGUCGAAGUGUUUCCAGAGCAAUGCAAACAUGUCUUCGUGUGACACUGUAGUUAUGUAAUGAUGGCAUUAUACACUCAGUGCAACAAAAAGACACAGACAGGAAAAGACGUGGAAGUUAUUGUGAGUGUCUUAGACACCAAAGAGAAAAAAAACAGGAUUAAGGAAACAGCAUGGCUAUUUCUGCGAAACUCUAGUAUAUGCGACAAAGUCAAUAAAAUUUUCAGUGUUUUUAAG